AUGGACAUGUCAGACGCCAAGUACUCGAACCUCCACCUGGAGGAGCACGACCGCGACGACCGCAGCAGCACCGAGGUCGAGGAGUCGCUCAUCGGCGGCGGGGACGACAAGUACGCCCGGGACUUCCAGAGGCCCGCCAAGAGGAGGAACAGGUGCCUGAGCAUGCUCAACUCGUCGAGGUGGUUCGUCGACACGAUACUGCUGCUCGUCAUCCUGGGGCUGUUGGUGAGGGAGAGGAUGGACAAGCCGCCGACGAACCUGUGGGACUUUGGAGGCGAUAUGACGGGCGUUAGCGGACAUUUCAACCAGCAGAUCAAGACGUUCAAGAUGGACUACGAGGGCAAGUACGCGCCUAACGACACGUCCAAGUUCUUUACCGAUGAGGUUCUGAACAACUGGAAUGAGCUUAUGCCGAUUGGAAUGGGCUUCCAAUGGGUCAACGACACGCACAAGUACCACGACCUCCCCACGCCCAUCGUCUGGCCCGAGAAGACCGUCUUCACCACCUCCGUCACCCACCAGCUUCACUGCUUGUUCGCCGUCGUCCAGACCUACUCGGGCCUCAAGUCCGGCCACGAGAUCCCCGACGACCACCACUGGCACAUGAUCCACUGCUUCUCCUACCUGAGGGAGACCAUCAUGUGCAGCGCCGACAUGGCGCUCGAGGGUCUCGAGACGACCUUCCCGGACCACAACGGUGGUUCCGACGGCUGGGAUUCUAAGCAUGUGUGCAAGGAUUAUAAUCAGGUCAAGAACUACCUGGAGAGCGUCAGGGCGUACGACGAUAGAGAGAUCUUCUAA